AUGGCUUUCUUUAUGAAAACUAUGAUAAGCAACCAGGUAAAGAAUUUAGGAUUUGGUGGCGGGUCUGAAGAAAAAAAAGAAGAAGGAGGGGCCUCGGAUCCUGCUGCAGCUCAAGGGAUGACUAGAGAGGAAUAUGAGGAAUAUCAGAAGCAAAUGAUCGAGGAGAAGAUGGAAAGAGACGCUGCAUUUACACAAAAAAAGGCAGAGAGGGCGUGCCUCCGAGUUCAUCUGAGAGGAAAGUACAGACUUCCAAAGAGUGAAAUGGAUGAGAACCGAAUCCAGAUGGCUGGAAACGAUGUGGAUUUGCCCGAAGAUCUCCGGAGAAUGGUGGAUGAGGAUCAAGAAGAGGAAGAAGAUAAGGAUUCUAUUCUUGGGCAGUUACAGAAUCUGCAGAACAUGGACUUGGAUACCAUAAAAGAAAAGGCCCAGGCCACCUUCACGGAAAUCAAGCAGACGGCGGAGCAGAAGUGCUCCGUGAUGUGAGGGGCGGAAUGGAACGUUUCUGAGCAGCACACACUUCAACAUAGGGAACAGGGUCAGAAACACCAUGACAACUAAACUCUCUCCAAACACAUACACAACAACCUGGCGUUCUAACUGUCGCUGGUAGAAUGUUUAGCUAGC